AUGGCCCAGGGGACCAGGGUCCACCUGAGCCUGGAGCACCCCACCCAUGCUGUGUGCGUGCUGGACACCGAGACACAGCUGGAUGUGUGCAGCGCUGCCCCCGAGGGCUGCACAAGCUUCGGCCUCAGCACACCCCCAGGAGUGCUCGUCCAUGUGGCCCACGGUCCUCCCACCAAGAAGAACCCCACGGGCUCCUCCAAGUGGCCUCUGGACCCGGGGCUGGAGGUGAGUCUGCGGAUGAAGACUGCCAGCCGCAGCACGGGCGACCAGAAGAUUCGGGUUUCAUACUACCGACCCAGGACAGCCCCGGUCCACGCCCUGCUCUACGUCACUGGGGUCGAAAUCUCCUUGAUCGCCGACAUCACUCGAACCGGCAAAGCAAAGCCCACGGCGAUCAGGAAAGACCAGGGCACCUGGACCUGGGGUCCUCGCGGGCAAGGCGCCAUCCUGCUGGUGAACUGUGACAGAGACAGUCUUGAGUGUGCCACCAUGGACAGUGAGGAUGACCAAGUGUUCGGCAGCAAAGACCUGCAGGACAUGUCCCUGGUGACCCUGCGCACGAACACACCCAGAGACUUCUUCAGCGGUCAUCAGCUGGUGCUCCACGUGGCCACGUCGGAGAUGGACAAAGUCAGGGUGUUCCACGCCAACCGGGGCAAACAGAAGCAGUCCAGGCUCAAGACGGUGCUGGGCCCCAGGCAGCCGGCCCACACCCUGGACCUCCCCGGGGGCCGGCACAGCACGGACUUCUACGUGGAGGGCCUGGCCUUCCCAGACGCCCACUUCCCAGGCCUCAUCUCCCUCAGCGUCUCUCUGCUGGAUUCAUCCAGGCCGGACUUCCCCAAAGCCCCACUCUACCAAAAGAGCGUGCUCUUCCGCGUAACCCCCUGGAUCAUGACCCCCAACACUCAGCCCCCGCAAGAGGUGUAUGUGUGCAGCACACUUGAGAACAAAGACUUCCUGAAGUCCCUGGCGGCGCUGGCCGAGAAGGCCCAGUGCAAGCUGACCGUCUGCCCCAUGGAGCAGAACAAGGAGGACCGGUGGAUGCAGGACGAGAUGGAGAUUGGCUACAUCCAGGCCCCGCACCAAACGCUGCCCGUGGUCUUCGACUCCCCCAGGAACCGGGGCCUGAAGGAGUUCCCCAAACUCGUGCUGGGCCCAGACUUUGGCUACGUGACUCGAGGGCCUCAAAAAGGGAAGACGACUGACCUCGACUCCUUUGGGAACCUGGAAGUGAGCCCUCCGGUCACCGUCGCCGGGAAGCGAUACCCCCUGGGCCGGGUUCUCAUCGGGAGCAGCCUUUACCCCAGCGCCGGGAGCCAGGAGAUGCACCAGAGCCUGCGGGACUUUCUGGAGGCCCAGCAGGUGCAGCGCCCCGUGACGCUCUACUCCGACUGGCUGUGCGUGGGCCACAUCGACGAGUUCCUCAGCUUCGUGCCCGCUCCUGACAAGGGCUUCCGGCUGCUCCUGGCCAGCCCCAGCGCCUGCUACCAGCUGUUCCGGGAGCAGAUGCUGCAGGGCCACGGGGAGGCCGUGCUCCUCGCAGGCAAGAAAACAAAACAGCAGAGAAUAAAGGACAUCCUGUCCAAUAAGAAGUUGCGGGAACACAAUUCCUACGUGGAGAGCUGCAUCGACUGGAACCGGGAGGUGCUGAAGCGGGAGCUGGGCCUGACGGAGCGCGACAUCGUGGACAUCCCGCAGCUCUUCACGCUCCAGCGCGGGGACGCCGGCCGGCCCCUCAAGGCGGAGGCCUUUUUCCCGAACAUGGUGAACAUGUUGGUGCUGGGCCAGCACCUGGGCAUCCCCAAGCCCUUCGGACCCGUCAUCAACGGCCGCUGCUGCCUGGAGGAGAAGGUGCGGGCCCUGCUGGAGCCGCUGGGCCUGCAUUGCACCUUCAUCGACGACUACUUGUCCUACCACAUCCGGCACGGGGACGUGCACUGCGGCACCAACGUGCGCCGGCAGCCCCUCCCCUUCAAGUGGUGGCACAUGGAGCCCUGA